AUGCUAGAACUCAACAGUGAAACGUCAACACUUGUUGGCGACGAUGAAGCCAUUUUGAACCGGCUAUCGCCUUUAUUCACCGUGGGACCUACCAAAUACGGGGGUCGCGGUUGCUUCACCGCACAGCCAGUCCCAGCCAAGGCCAUCGUCUUCGAAGCCAGACAGCCGUUCGCUACUACCGUCACCCGGGCGUUUAAGAAGGAGGUCUGUUGUUAUUGUUUCCACUACGAGGAUGGGAAAACUCUCAAGUCCCGGCUUUCAAAAUCCCAAGGCAAGAACCUGAGUCUGCUGCUAUACUUUUGUAGCCCCACGUGUGUCGCCGCUUUUGAGCAGGCUGAUCCCGACAAAGUUUUGUUUGACUCGUUGAUGGCUAUCGAACAGCAUCAACAGCUGGACGACCCUGAACCAGUAGAACCCGAUCUUUCAUCGUUGCUGCUAUCGGAGGCCAUCGAACAGCUGUGGGCUGAGGCCGAGCAAUGGCACAAAAAAGUGUUGGCGAUGAAGCCCCUGAAACGCCUGAAAUUGAUCCCUAAGCUCUCUGAAAGUGAUUACAUGGAAGCGAAGUACGUGGUGGCAGCGUUAUAUCGAAUGUAUGACUUGGCCCAUGAGCCGAGUGCUCUGAGUUCCACAUACUAUGGUGAAGUCAGCGAUCGUGAGGCGGAGGCUAUGGAGCUAGCGAUGUUUAACUUACUUCAGCUGACGGAGAACGAGAAAGUCCACCGCUAUCCUUAUCUACUCGACGCUUACAUCAACAUCUAUAAGUUCUUGUAUCUUGUGGCGCGACCAGAACUCCAACUCUACAUCACUCCCAGCACCAUCAGAGCUUGCAUUGGUCGCAAUUUGAGUAACGCAUUUGGUAUAUGGUCUCAAUCGCAAUCGGUUGCAGAAGAUCGGGAGUUUUUCGGCUUUGGGGUGUAUCCACUGGCUCUGUUUUUCAAUCACCUGUGUGAACCAAAUAUUGUGAAGAAACGUGAGGGUCGCAAACUCACGUUCCAUGCUCUCAGAGAUAUCGAUGAAGGCGAAGAAUUGUGCAUUGAUUAUGGCAACUAUCUCAACGAGCCAGUAGAAGUAAGGCGCCGUGAGCUCGCGGAGUGGUUCUUCGACUGUGGCUGCGAUAAGUGCACCCGAGAACUUGCGGCUCAACCUUAG